AGCUGACAAAGUAAAGUCUGGGUUUAACGUGUGUUCUUGUCCUUUAGAUGAACUAUUCCCAGGUAACGGAGGUGUGUGUGUGUGUGUGUGGAGGCGAGGCGAGGCGGAUGCGUCCUGUGUGAGCGUAGAGCAUGAGGAGAUGGAUGCGGCUCAGUCUGACUACUCUGAUGAUCCGUGGGUGAUCACGUCCGAGCAGAUGGAUUAUUACACACAUCAGUUCCUCAGUCUUCAGUGUGACCCCUCAGGCCUCAUCCUGGGCCCUGAUGCAAAAAACUUCUUCACGAAGUCGAAGCUGCCGAUCCUCGAGCUCUCUCAUAUAUGGGAGCUGAGUGAUGUGGAUCGGGACGGAGCCCUCACUUUCCCAGAAUUCUGCAUGGCGUUUCACCUGGUAGUGGCUCGUAAGAACGGUUACACACUUCCUGACCAGCUGCCACACACACUGCUCUCAGCCUUCAGACCUCCACCUCAGGACUCACAGCCUCUCAUCCUAUUUGAGGACACAGAGACUCUCAGGCAAAAGGAAAUCAUCAGCCAGCAGGAAGUCCGAGAGGAGACACAUGAGCAAGAGUUCAGUCAGGAGAGAGCAGAAGAAAACCAGAUGAUACAGCAAAGCAGCACUGUAAAACCAGAUCCUCCAAAUGAGCUAGAUGUUAAUGCGAAGUCAAGAACCAGACCCAGGUCUUUCUCCAGCACCUCUAUAGAUGAUGCUAUGAAGAAAUCAGAAGAGCCUCCUACUCCUCCACCCCGUCCUCAGAAAACACACUCUCGUGCUUCAUCACUCGAUCUGAACAAACUCCUGCAGCAGGGUGGGAAGAGCUGCUGGCUUCCUCAUCCUCCUGCACUUCCGCCUCGGACCACCUCAACCUCACAGACUCCUCACGUCGUCCCGGCGAUGCAGCAAAACUCCCAGCAUGCCAUGCAGCAGCCUUAUUAUGUAGACUUUACCAAGUGCAGAGUUCAGGAGGAUUCCACGGUGCUCUCCCAAAGCCACACCCCUCAGAAACCAGCUCGCAAAAAACUCCACUCAGAAUGCCAGAAUGCUAAUCAGGCUGUGGGUGUGGCCUGUCCAAACCCCGCCCCUUCAUCAGGGCACAAACUGGGUCCACGGUUGAAGAAAGAGAUUCAGAUGGCCAUCAGAAAGAAUAAAGAAGCGAAUGCUGUUCUGAAACGCCUCAACAGUGAACUGCAGCAACAGUUAAAGGAGAUUCACCUGCAGAGGGUUACAUUAGAGUCUCAGCUGGACCUGCUGCGUCCAUCAGCCUCCACUUGACCUUCUGAAAACACACACACACACACACACACACAUUAAUAAGCACACACACACACACACACACACACACACACACACA